AUGAUGCACCUACAAACAUUUCUUGCAACCAUUUUGGGCAUCCGAGCAGUAAAAGUGCUCGCCUCUGAUGAUGAGGAGCGCUUGAUGAUGGAUGUAUUUCGAGGAUAUAAUAAUCUAAUUCAGCCUGUGAAGAAUAUCAGCGACACUCCGAUCAUAGUCAAAAUUGCGUUACAGCUGGUACUGCUUAUUAAUGUGGACGAGAAAGAUCAAGUGAUGCAUACAAACGUAUGGUUAACAUUGAAAUGGCACGAUUUCCAAAUGCGAUGGGACCCGGUGAACUACGGUGAAAUCAAUCAGAUUCGAGUCUCGCCGGAUAAAGUCUGUGCCGACGGCAAUUAUGAAGUGUCAUUCAUGUGCAAUGUUGUUAUAAACAAUCUUGGAGACAUGCUAUGGGUACCACCAGCCAUUUACAAAAGCUCCUGUAUUAUUGACGUAGAAUUCUUUCCUUUCGAUGAACAAGUGUGCACACUGGUGUUUGGAUCGUGGACGUACAAUGAGAGUGAGAUUAAACUUGAAUUUGAACAAGCUGAAUGGGUUGAUCUGUCGGAGUAUUCAGCAUCUUCUAUAUGGGAUGUUAUGGAUGCACCGGCAUCACUAGUAAAUAAACGUAGUCGAAUCGAAUUUCAAGUGAGAAUACGAAGAAAAACUUUAUUCUACACAGUCGUGCUAAUUAUACCUACAGUACUUAUGGCAUUUUUAAGCAUGGCCGUUUUCUUCUUGCCAACUGAUUCAGGUGAAAAGAUGACUUUAACUAUUUCCGUACUAUUGUCAAUUGUUGUAUUUCUAUUGCUUGUCUCAAAAAUUCUACCACCUACAUCCAGCACUAUUCCACUUAUGGCAAAAUAUCUCCUCCUCACGUUUGUACUUAACGUGAUCACCAUUUUGGUUACCGUAAUCAUCAUCAACGUCUACUUUCGUGGUCCAACCACACAUCGCAUGCCAGCAUGGGUUCGACAAGUGUUCCUGGAGUGGAUGCCACAUGCAAUGUGCAUGCAACGUCCGAAAUCUUCGAGGAAAACCACGCUUAGUCGGAGUCCGGAAAUAACACGACUCCCUGGAGUGGGUCAAUUCAUAUUCAAUCCAGCUGCGCAUCAUCCAUUCUGCCCAAGUGCUGAUGAGAAGACCGUGUCGGAAAAAACGUUGAACUCUAACUCGGAUUUGAUGUGUCAUCCUGCCACUUCCUGUUUCUACCCACUUUCUCAGGAUGCUAUUCGAGCAAUAGAUGCUAUUGAAUACAUCACGGACCACUUGCGGCAAGACGAGGAGUACAAAAUGUAUCGAGACGAUUGGAAAUAUGUGGCGAUGAUUAUCGAUCGAUUGCUACUGUACGUCUUCUUUGGUAUCACCAUCGGUGGCACAUGUGGAAUACUCUUCAGCGCACCUUACGUAUUUCAAGUGGUAAAUCAACGUGAAGUGCUCGAUAAACUAAUCAAUUUAUAUAAAACUGGUGGAAGUCGCGAUUAA